CUUCCCUCGGUGGAAACCCAGGAAUCUGAGCUGCGGCAGUGCUGGCGCUCAAGUACCGCCCGGGUCUCACGCUGGGUUCCACAGGCUGGGUCAGGCUGGAAGGGCCCGCGGUGCUCACCUGCUCCAACCUCCCUGCUCCAGCAGGGCCAUGGCAGAGCACACGGGCCUGCAUCCAGACGGUUCGGAAGUGCCUCCAGUGACGGAGCCUGCAGACGCCCCCUGAGCGGCCGCGCCGAGCCCGCCCGGGCUCCUGCGUCACUUCCACCCGCGCCGGCCCGCCCGCGCCUGCGCACUGCGGCUCCCUCUCUGCGUCGGCGCCGGCGGAAGAUGGCCAAGCGCACCAAGAAGGUCGGGAUCGUGGGUAAAUAUGGGACCCGUUACGGUGCGUCCCUUAGGAAAAUGGUGAAGAAGAUUGAAAUCAGCCAGCAUGCCAAGUAUACCUGCUCCUUCUGUGGCAAGACCAAAAUGAAGAGGAAGGCUGUGGGUAUCUGGCACUGUGGAUCCUGCAUGAAGACAGUUGCUGGUGGUGCUUGGACUUACAAUACCACCUCUGCAGUGACAGUCAAAUCUGCCAUCAGAAGACUGAAGGAACUGAAAGACCAGUAGAAGCGACUUCCUGUUCUCCUUGUGAAACAUCCUUUUUUCUCCACUGUCAAGAUCUGUCCUUUUAUCAAUAAAAGGGUGAUGAUGGA